AUGUUUAAAACCGAUGGUAGAGCUGAUCAGCAUGGGAUUCCGAGUUUCGUAAAAGAGCUGAAUGAUGAUUUCCAGUGGGUGGAUGAUAAUAUUUCAGAGAGAUCAGAAGAGGACUCAAAGAAAGAAUUAUUUCGGAUGAUUGAUAUCGUUCCAAAUGGCUAUAACCGAACAAUGUCGGGCCUUUUUUAUGGAGCCUUAACUGUAAAUUUCCAAACAAUUAUGUUGUUGAUUGAAAAUCUCGUGACAGAUCACAGAUCUGCUUUGGACGGGAUUCCGGGACUAUACGAUGUCUGUGAAUCCAUACUACGGCAAAUCAGAGGGGGGGAUAUUUCUGAAACAAAUGUAUGGCUUAGCAAUGAAGUUUUAGAGUUUUUCCAACGCGAGCUAAUAUGGCUUUAUAACAAUGAACGUCUGUUGCACAUUACGUUUUAUACUUUUACAAGUUUAAUACGGGAUCAUCAUGAGCCUAUGCUAGAGAAUUUAAGGGCAAAGGAAAUAAAGUUUUGUAAAAUGAUAUUUGAUGUUCAUUUUAAUUCUUUCUUUAAAAUAGGCCGAGAUUUAUUAAGAUUAAUAAGAGAUAAUCGUAAUGUUACCGAAUUUUUAUACGUGCUAAGCAUGAUUCCAGAAGAUAUAAAAAUAACCAUCAUGAAACAAAAAACCUUAAGUUAUUGUUUAACAAGUCGCCUAUCAUAUGACAUGAGCGAGAGAUUAACGCACAUGUUGGAACAGCACUCGCUGUUAGGUUUCAAACGAAAAUUGGAUUUUUUCAAAACAAAUUUCCUAACACCUCCUGCAGAUCCUCGUUUCCUAAUUGCUGAUAUUAUUCGAUGGAUAGUCAGCGCUUAUCGUCCUAAUAGCGAGAAAGCCAUGAGUAAUAGAUAUUUAUUGAUUAAUCUUUUAUUGCAUGAAAUAGGAGGUAAUUGGGAUGCCAUUGAAUUAGCGAAAACGGCAUUAGUUUAUGAUUGGUUGUGUUUUGAAAGAAAUAACAGAGACCCUAAUGUUAUAAAAGAGGGUCUAUAUUGUAUAGAGAAUGUCAAAACUAAUAGCUUGAGAAUUGCCAAAGAUUUAUUAGAAGCUCUCUAUACUUCAAUAAGCAAUAUCUUUCCUGGGAUUGACAAUGAACUUCGUGAGAAUGUCAGAGCAUCAUCUCAGAUUGCAAUUGCACGUAAUAUUAUGACUGAUUUUGUCGGUGACAAUCGAAUUGUAAAGAUUGUUGGCGAUUUAUGGGGUCAUCUAAUGAACACAAUGCCAGUGACUCCUUCAGUCUUUCCAUCUAAUCCCCUACAAGCGGAUCUAAUAACAGGCUCGCCAUUUUAUCAACAAUCAACAUCAUUACCAUUACCUUUUAAUCAAUCGUCUCAAACUUCCAUACAGUCAAAUCUUUUGUCAAUACGCAAUCCUGUUCAGUCUUAUGAUAAGUCAUCAGAGAUAGAUUCCCAAUUAGAAUCAGAAACAAAAUUCAUGAGCCUUGACAAUCAGUUAAUAAAUUCAAAGAAACGUGAAUUAUCUGUGGAUUCUGCUGUUCAGCCUUCGAACUCAGUCUCAAAAUCGCUCGAGUCGAAACCAGUUGUAGAAGAAACAUCAUCCAACUUGAUGACAAAUUUUAUACCAUCUACGCGAGUUUCAGCUUCGUUACCAUCAAAUUCUGUGUCUGUUCCACCGAGUUUAUGGUUUUAUAAAAGCCUGCUGAAAAAUUUUAAGGCAGCAUCAUUGGCAGGGAAUUCGGCAGAAGAAAUCCAACAUUUGACGCAAAUAUUGGAUCAUUUUAUGAAGGAUGAGAAAGAUGAGAAGGAAAACAAUUCACCUAAAUUUAAGUCGUUUGAAAUGUAUAGACUUAUUGUCAAAAACGAUGAAAAAACGCAUUCGGAAGCCCGGAUAAAAUUACUGGUCUAUUGUCUUAGGUCAUUAAAGUUGGAUAAAUUGGGAAGUGCAUUCAUUAAAGAUUUUAAACUUCUGAUUAACUUGUAUCUUGAAUAUAUAAACUAUGAAGUUAAGCGCGAAGGCUCUCAUCCAGAUGUCGAGGAAGAAGUGAACAAACGUUUUUUGUCAGGAAUACAGUUGUUGCAACAAUAUGAAUGCAAUGUUUUUGAUUCUAUUGUUCCCAAACUUUUACAAAUCUGGCCCGAGAUCUUUGUUGGAAAUUUUGAAUUCAUAACGUCAAUCAUUCACGGAAUAAAUCCGAUGCUUGUAUGUCAUUAUAGAGUGUUUGGAGAUUUGGAUCUGGAUUUUGUUUUGGAAAAUUCAUUAAAUUGUUGGGGUUCAUUUGAACAAUUAUACCUUUUCCAAUUAAUAAAAGCCGAGGUCGGAAAUAAUACCGAAAAACUUGAAAAUUUUAUAUGUUCAAGUGUACAAUUGAAAUUCCUGGAACCAAUAGAGCAUCCUGAAUCUUUGUGUGGGCUGUUAUCUCUCCUUGAACUUAUCCCCCCAACAGCGAAGAGUGUUUCAUUCUUAACGAAACUAAUUGCUAAUGCGAAAUUACUAGAGAGCAAGUUGGAAAAUUUAAAGUUUGUCGCCUCAGUCUUUACUCGAUGGAAUGAUAGUUUUCCUGAAAAGUUAAUUGAAGCCAUGACAGAUGAGGUUUCCAAAAACAUAAAGGAAUCUGAGAAUGACGAGAAUGAAGCUAGUGAUUUUUUUGAUGUCAUAGCAGAAUUAUGGAAAAAUGAAAAACUCAAGCAAGGCAGUGCCGUCGGAAAGGAAAUCGUAUCUUUACAACGAUCACCUGAGGCUGAGGAUGACGGGGAUCAAAUGGAAGUUGAUGAUGGUGACGAUCCGUUUUAUGAUCAACCAACCACCGCAGUUUCCACGAUUUCUACUCGAUCCAAAGGUAAAGCAAAACAGCUUGAGGUAGAGGAUCGAUCAAAGCGUUCUACAGGUCCAUAUAACAACAACCGCGCUCCUCGACAAAAAACUGACGCAUCAAGUGAAGGAGAAUCAUCAUCACAUGAAAAAACUCAGAAUCGUAAAGGCGUUAAGCCGAAGCGCGCGAAAAGAAAAAACAACCGACAAACUAGAAAACGUCUUAAUAUUGCUUCACAUAAUACGGAAAGAAGAAAAAGUAUAUCAAGUGGAGGGGAAGAACCCAAAGAAUCCAAGAUGACCGGCAGAGGUGCUCGAUCCAAAUCCAAAAACAAUUCUGCGUUAAAUCGUUCUGAAACUUCAAGGGCAUUAUCUGUCACGCAAACAAGUAUCAAUCGUCGUAAAAGUAUUAGCGGGUCAGGUUCAAAAAAAAGAAGCGCAAAGGAUUCUUCUGAUGAAUAA